AUGACAGAAACAGAGACACUUGCAAAUAUUAAUAAGAUUCAGGCAGAGAUCGAUGCUAUCAGUGAGCAGACCAAGAAGAAGAUCGUGUUGAUCGAGAAGAACUACGCCAAGCAAUUGCAGAGUGAAUACGAGAAGCGAGAUGCUAUGAUCGCCAAGUCUGGCGUACCAAUGUUUUGGGGUACCGUUAUCGAGCGUGGUCUCAUCGAUAUGUUUGACAGUCUCGAUCAACAGGUGAUUGGAUACAUCGAGGAGUUCACUGCCAGCUCAGAGUUCACCGAAGAUGCCGUCAUCAAGAAAAUCACCUUCAAAUUCAAAGAGAAUCCAUUCUUUACCAACAAAGAAUUGAGCAGAACCGUAUCUAUGAGCACCAAAGACAGUGAUUCCGAUUUCAAUAUUACACCUGCCAUCAUCGAUUGGAAAUCACCACAAUCCGAUAAGAAACCAGAGAAAUCAGAGAAUAAUAAGAAGAGAAAAGAACAAUCAAAUAUUAAAGAAAAUAGUUUCAUUUUAAAGUUGUUGGCCAAUGCAGAAGAGGAUGUUGAGUGGUUUGAAGAAUUAAUGAGAAUGUACCAAGAUCCAUUCAGUAUUUUAAUUGAUGACGAUGAAGAAGAGGAAGGUGGUUUCGAUUUUGGUGAAGACAGUGGAGAAGAUGAAGAUGAGGAUGAGGAAGAAGUAGAAGAAGUUGCACCAAAGAAAUCAGCUGCUCCAAAACAACAACAACAAAAAAAGAAGAAAUAA